AAGUGAAAAAAGUGAAAAAAGUGAAGAAUAAGAGGAAAGUGGUCGACAAUGGCUACUUCAAGUCUGUAGUAAAAGGCUACUCAUUCUCUGUUUUGCUGAGAAGAAAGAAAAUGCUUCUCAUUCUCAACUCUCAGUCUCAAGUGAAAUACAGAGUGGAGAAAAACCAUCUUUAUAUUAUUUAAUUUAUUUCUCUCGUUUGUGAUCCUCCCUAUUUAGUAUUUCUUUAUCACCUUCAAUUGCAUACUCCUCUUGUAAGCUCUCGAAGUGAACAAUUCUUCUCAAGAAAAUAUUCGAGUUUAAUUUUCAAGUUCCUACAUCUAUCUUCAAUUUGAAUAUCAGAUGGUGUAAAUCUUGGGUAUCAAUUUCGAGUAGUGGACUCAGGACUGGAGGGGAAUCUUCCAUCCAAACAACUUCAUCUGCCAGAGUUUCCAGUGUGACCGCUUAAUACAAGACACAGAGCUGACCCUGAAAUUAAGCUGUUGGAUUUCGUACCCGAUGGUCCUGUUACCACCCUGACUCUGGUCCUGUGACCACCUGACGUGGAGCCGCCAGCGUAUUGAUGUGAUAUAAUUGAAGGAAAGGCAACCUGAAAACCAGUUGACGCAGCUGGAAGGGAGUUUAUGGUAAAAAUGGAGUCGGCUAUAGUAGAUCACUUGAUUGGCAAUAUCCUUUCGGUGCUUGCAACUGAAGCAUCGUUGUUAUGGGGGGUUCGUGAUGCAGUUGACAAUAUCAAGAAUGAGUUGAAAGGCAUGCGAUCUUUCUUGCUAGAUUUUGAUAAAAAGGAAGCAGCCAAUGAAGGAGAGAAAUUAUGGGUGGAAAAUGUGAGGGACAUGGCAUAUGAUGUUGAAGACGUCAUCGAUGAAUUCAUGUAUUACAUCAAUAUCCAACGAACACGGGGUCGAUAUGCUCAGUUUGUUCACCAAACCAUUUACUUUCCACAGAAUCUAUGGGUGAGGCAUCAAACCGCCACCAAGUUACAGAAAAUGAAUGAGACAAUCAAGACCAAUUCAAAGUUAAGUAAGAAAUAUCAUGUUGAUCCUAUACAGGGGAAAAGCUCAGAAGAUAUUCACAAAUGGGUUGUGCGGCAUGCUGAAUCGUCUUUGUUUGCUGGAGAAGAUGAACUUGUAGGGAUCAAAGAUAAAAGGAAACAAUUAAUGAUGUGGUUGAUGGAUAGAGAACAACAACAGACUGUCAUUUCAAUCCUCGGGAUGGGAGGAUCUGGCAAGACCACACUAGUUGCCAACACCUACAAAAAUGACGCAGUAAAGAGACAUUUUGAUUGUUUUGCAUGGAUCACUGUCUCCCAAAAAUAUGAUGUAGAAGACUUAUUGAGGUGCAUGAUUAAGGAAUUCUAUGAGUCAAUGAAGGAAACAAAUCCAUCAGACUUGAGUUCUAUGAACUACAGACUGUUAGUAAGUAUGUUGGUGAGCUACUUAGAGAAGAAAUCAUAUCUACUUGUCCUAGAUGAUGUUUGGGACACAAAUGUCUUGGAUGAACUAAAAGUAUUACUCCGAGAUAGUUAUCCUGGGAGCAAAAUCAUUCUUACAACUCGCAAUGAAGAUAUCGCUUGCCAUCCUUUUGUGGGUAAACCUUAUGUUCAUCAUAUUCAAUUGCUGGAACAGGAUGAGGCGUGGGAACUCUUUUGCAAGAAAGCAUUCUUAAGCAGUCCAAAUAGAAGCUGCCCACCAGAGCUUAAAUCUUUUGCUCAGGAACUUGUGGGAAAAUGUGAAGGCCUACCUCUUGCAAUUGGGGCCUUGGGCAGUCUUAUGUGCUCCAAGGAUAUGCCUCAAUGGAAAAAAAUUUGCAAGAGCUUGAAUUGGAGUCUAGGUAACAAUCCUAAGCUACAACGAUUGAAGAGCAUUUUGUUGCUUAGUUUCAAUGGUUUACCAAAUCAGUUGAAGCAUUGUUUCUUAUAUUGCUCCCUUUUCCCAGAAGAUCAUGAGAUUCGAAGAAAAAGGCUCAUUAAACUAUGGAUGGCAGAAGGAUUUGUAGAACAAGUUGAAGGGUCCACUCUAGAAGAAGUAGCUGAUAGCUAUUUAGUAGAACUCACUUUCAGGAACAUGCUUCAAGUUGUAAAGAGGAAUGAACUUGGAAGGCCAAAGAGAUGUAAAAUGCAUGAUCUUUUGCGGGAGCUUGCUUUAUCAAUAUCAAUCAAAGAAAAGUUUGGUGUUGUACAUGAUGGAGGAGAAGAAAUGAAAGAAUGCAAUGCACGCCGCAUUUCAAUUCAUAGAACUGAUGGAGAACCCAAAUCAUUUACGGGUAUGUCAAAGCUGCGUUCUUUUCUUGUUUUUAACAGGUCGUUGAAAACAUUGCCUUCAAGAAGUAAAAUGUUAAGGAUUCUAGAUUUGGAGGAUGCCCCCAUCGAAGAACUGUCUGAUGAAGUAUUCAAAUUAUUCAACUUAAGAUAUUUGAAUUUAAGGGGAACUUUACUUAAGAGGCUCCCAAAUUCCAUAGGGAGGCUCCUUAAUCUUCAAACCUUGGACCUAAGGGACACACAAAUAGAGGCCCUUCCUCGUGGAAUAGGGAAGUUGCAAAACUUGCGGCAUUUAAUAAUGUAUCGCUACACUAGAAAUGGGAACGACUUCAGACGUGCUAUUGGGAUGCAAGCACCAUCAAAUAUUGGGCAGUUAAAGAAUUUGCAAACCUUGUGUUGUUUUGAAGCAAAAGGUGACUUGAUUGGACAAAUUCAGAGAAUGACCCAACUUACCUCGAUUGGUAUUGGCAACGUGAAAGAAGCAGAUGAGACGGACUUAUGUAUCUCAAUUCAAAACAUGGGACUUCUUAGGGUCUUGGCUAUCUUAGUAACUAAUGAGGAGGAAACUCUCCGAAUGGAUGCACUCCCAUCUCCUCCUCCCAACCUUCAAAAUCUUAGUUUGACUGGAAAAUUAGAGAAGGUGCCACAGUGGUUUCGUUCACUUCAAAACCUCAAAUAUUUGGGUCUGCAAUGGUCAAGACUGGAAGAAGAUCUACUCCCUCACAUCGCUGCUUUGCCACAUCUGCGACGUCUUUCACUUACUAAUGCCUAUGUUGGAAAACAGCUAUGUUUCAAUACAGGCUUUCCUGAGCUUACAGAUUUGGAAAUUUGUAAUUUCCCUCAAUUGAAUGAGAUAAUAAUAGAAAAGGGGGUGAUGCCCAAUCUGAAAUGCCUAUGUAUUUUCAGCUGCAUGGAGUUAAACACAGUGCCCAAGGGCAUUGAAUACCUUCAAAAUCUCCAAGAACUGUAUUUGAAAUCUAUCUCAAUGGAACUUGAAAAUCGCAUUAAAGGAGAAGGAAGUGUGGAUCUUCCAAAGGUGCAGCACAUCCCAAAGAUCUACAUCUGGUAGUCCUUUGGAAUGUUUAAUGAAGGUGAUGGCCCUAAAAGUCCAGACGGAGGACAUGAGGAACCAGCUUUGCGGUGGUGGUCACCUGUAACAGGUGAUGUUAAAGGCACUAAAUUGCUGCUGGGGCGCAUAGAAACACUGUACAUGAACAACCAUAUUAAUUGGAUGUUUGGAUGCUAUGGAGUUUGGUUCGGAUAUUGAUGUAUUUCAGAUUGUGCUUAAUAUUUCAAGUAGAUUCUUGAAACUAUUCAAGAAUCUAGAUUGUUUUUAAA